AAUAACCUAAUUUGUCUACUUGAACUGCCCAAGUGAGAGUAUUUUGGCAUUGUCUGGGAAUAUGUUUGUGCUGUUGGUAUGUUGCCCAAUCAAAUUUCACAUGGGCUGAGAGGAUUUCUGAAGACUGUGUCCUGAUAGAAAGAGAUAUUUGCAAAAUGCAGAAGCAUUUAGCAAUGGGGCCAGAACAUCCCUGGAGACGUUUUGAUGUUGGCAGAAGUCCCCUCACAUUCAGAAAGGAUCUCUGUUUGCUAAAGACCAGGAAAUGCAAGGUGAUUUGAAAGAAUCCAACAGUCUAAAGGAAUUAAGAUAUUCAUUCCAAAGAGCGAUGGACAAUCUAGAGAAAGAUAUUGAGCUUACAUUACAGGAAACCCAGAAUAAUGACAACAAGAGGCAGCAACAAGUAAAGAUGGUAUGUGGAAAAUUCAGUUCUUCCAGAUGUAAAACUACAGUGAAUCAUGGAGGACGUAGAUCAGCCAGGAAACUGUCUGCAAAGCAGGGAGCCAUGAGAGACAUACCAACAUCGUAUUUCGUCUCGGACUAUACAACUGAGAACACGGAUGCUAGGAGUCACAUGGCACACUUGGAUGUGACGGGAAGAACCAGUGCUUUGCAGUCUGAAGUAUCCACCAAUGUGGAAGAGCAGAAAGAGCUUUGCUGCAUGCAGGUCACAGCUGCUGACAUUGAACUUCAGAGGAUGUGGUGUAAUUUUAUGCUGGCUGGACAGAAAUAUGAACUUGAGGAUAGUGACAAACAAAGGCUUCAUGAGGAGAGAAUGACGCGGAUUCGUCAACAGUUUAGCCAAGGACUCCAAGAUCGGCUCCUGCCUCCGAACCAAACUGUUUUGUUCUUAUACUCCUUCAUCUUUAUGUACAUUAUUUACAUAGCAAAAGACCUGGUCUUUUACUUUUUCCAAAACCAUUACCAGUUCUCUUUUGCUAUUGUGUUCUUUUUCAUUCUCAAAGGGAUUUUCCAGGAUUAAAAAUCUAGGAAAAAUAUGCCCUUAAAAGAGGUGGCACAUUGUUCAUUUUUCUGCCCCUGAUCUUACUGCUUUUUUGUUAUCCACACCAAUCAAUAGUUACACAAAACUAACUGAUAUCCUGAAGAAAACUGGAACUGGAUGACAUCCUUUGACAUCACAUUGUUUCACCAAUGUGUUUGGUAUCAUUCAGGGGCAUUUGUCUAUAUGAAUAAAAUCUCUUUUGAACGUGU